AUGUUCUCGCGGGCCGUCCGGGUACCAAGGGCACUGCCCAUCCGUGCUGCUGCGCGCUCUCCCGCCGCUUCAAUCGCCGCCAGGAGAAGCGUAACCACAAAUGCGGCUUCGGCGCAAGUCGACAAGAGCACCGUCCCCCAGUCCGAAGAUGAACCCUUCCAGGUCACCCUCAGCGACGAGAGCUUCGAGACCUACGAGCUCGAUCCCCCGCCCUACACCCUGGAGGUAACCAAGAAGCAACUGAAGCAGAUGUACUACGACAUGGUCGUCGUCAGGCAAAUGGAGAUGGCUGCCGACAGGCUAUACAAGGAGAAGAAGAUCCGGGGUUUUUGCCAUCUUUCCACGGGCCAGGAAGCCGUCGCCGUGGGUAUCGAGCAUGCGAUCGAGAAGACCGACGACGUGAUCACCUCAUACCGGUGCCACGGCUUCGCCUACAUGCGCGGCGGCACCGUGCGCUCCAUCAUUGGCGAGCUGCUCGGCCGCCGCGGGGGUAUUGCCUAUGGCAAGGGCGGCUCCAUGCACAUGUUUACCAAGGGUUUCUACGGCGGCAAUGGUAUCGUCGGUGCCCAGGUCCCCGUUGGGGCUGGGCUUGCCUUUGCCCAGAAGUACACUGGCGGCAAGAAGGCUACGGUCAUUCUCUAUGGUGACGGUGCUAGCAACCAGGGCCAGGUCUUUGAGGCCUUCAACAUGGCCAAGCUCUGGAAGCUUCCGGCCUUGUUCGGCUGCGAAAACAACAAGUAUGGCAUGGGUACGUCAGCGGCCCGCUCAUCGGCCCUGACGGACUACUAUAAGCGCGGACAGUACAUCCCAGGUCUGAAGGUUAACGGCAUGGACGUCCUGGCGGUGAAGGCUGCCGUGCAGUACGGGAAGCAGUGGACCGCGGAGGACAACGGUCCCUUGGUGCUCGAGUACGUCACAUACCGCUAUGGUGGCCACUCCAUGUCCGAUCCCGGCACCACGUACCGUACCCGUGAGGAGAUUCAGCGCAUGCGGUCGACCAACGACCCCAUUGCCGGGCUGAAGCAGCACAUUCUUGACUGGGGUGUUGCGAAUGAGGAAGAACUGAAGAGCAUCGAUAAGGAGGCCCGCAACCACAUUGCCGAGGAGGUCGCCGCUGCCGAGGCCAUGGCGCCGCCCGAGCCUACGCCCAAGAUCUUGUUCGAAGAUAUCUACGUCCGUGGUUCUGAGCCGCAGUUCAUCCGUGGGCGGACGCCGGAUGAAAAUUUCUACUUCCACUAA